GACCUUCUCCACCGUCCUUAAUCCCAUUUUCCUUCUCGUUCCCUCGUUUCGUCGCGCGGAGCUUUCGAUUUUUGGAUCCUCGCUCGGAUCACCAUCGGAAACCCUUUGCUGAGGUGUCUAAAAGAAAAGCUGUCAUUGUAAUUUUCUUGUGGAGAAAAUUGGGUUCAAUUUGAAAUCCGGAAAAUCAUUGGCAAAGCUUCCUGUUUUUAAAGGAUGAAGCUCCAAACAUACGCCGGAUUUAGUUUCUUAGCGACCAUUAUGGCGAUUUAUUAUGCAUUUAGCAGCCGAGGGCAGUUCUACCCGGCUAUGGUGUACCUCUCGACUUCCAAGAUCUGCUUCGUUCUUCUUUUGAACACGGGUCUGGUCAUCAUGUGCAUAAUGUGGCAACUAGUAAAGCGUUUGUUCCUCGGCUCCCUUCGUGAAGCAGAGGUCGAAAGGCUUAAUGAGCAAUCUUGGAGGGAGGUGAUGGAGAUCCUUUUUGCGGUCACCAUAUUCCGUCAGGACUUCUCAGUUACCUUUCUUGCUAUGGUAACUGCUCUGCUACUGAUUAAAGCUUUGCAUUGGUUGGCUCAGAAGAGGGUUGAGUAUAUUGAGACGACCCCAUCUGUCCCUAUUCUCUCUCACAUGCGGAUCGUCUCUUUUAUGGGGUUCCUUCUUGUCAUCGAUUGCCUUUUCUUGUCCAGCUCCUUGAAAUCUCUCAUACGAACCCGACAGGCAUCGGUUGCACUCUUCUUUUUAUUUGAAUACACAAUUCUGGCUACAACAACAGUUUCAACAUUUGUCAAGUAUGUUUUCUAUGUAAGUGACAUGCUUAUGGAAGGGCAAUGGGAGAGAAAGGCUGUGUACACAUUUUACCUGGAACUUGUUCGCGACCUCCUGCACCUGUCUUUGUAUAUAUUCUUUUUCCUUGUGAUCUUUGUGAACUAUGGUAUCCCGCUGCACUUGAUCCGUGAACUGUAUGAAACAUUCCGCAACUUCAGGAUUCGUAUUGCUGACUAUAUUCGUUACCGCAAGAUCACAUCUAAUAUGAAUGAACGCUUCCCAGAUGCAACCCCUGAGGAGCUUAAUGCAAGUGAUGCAACAUGCAUUAUAUGCCGGGAGGAGAUGGUGACUGCCAAAAAGCUGCUAUGUGGACACCUUUUUCACGUGCAUUGUCUGCGUUCAUGGUUGGAGCGUCAAGACCGGCAGCGACAGGCUUAUCUCCUCAACCCUCAGAUGGAGGUGCAGCAGGUGAAAAUAUAAGCCAUCUUCAGGCAAAGCUUCAAGCUGCUGCAUUGGCUGCUUCUGCAUAUGAAAAGUCGUUUGUUUAUCCUCCGACAAAUACGUUUUAUAGGCCCUCAGGAUAUCCUUUGCGACCUCAAACAAAUGUGACGCAAAUGGAGACACCAAAUAAUGCGGUCAAGCUGUCAAGUGAGCACCCAAAUACUAAUGGGCAAUCAUGCCAUACUGAACCUUCACAACUAAACGGACACCCUUCCGCUUCUAUACCUUUCCAAGCACCUGAAUCCAGUGGUUCAGAGCUACAAGUUUCAUUGUUGAAGGCGCAGGAAAAUUACAUCCGCAGCCAGAUUGAGCUUCUGGAGACCCAGUUGAAAGUUUUACAGCACCAGCAGAAAGUCGAUCAAGGCAAACUGGGUGGUGGAGAUGGAAUUUCUGCUGAUUGCAAGGGAAAGGCCGUUCUCGUGUCGAAUACCCCAGCAUUCCCCGAUGACUGUGGCCAUCAUGCUGAGACUGAAGAUGCUGACACAGACUGAAGCCCUUAAACAGUAGGAGAGUGUCUUGCGAAGAGGAAAAUUUCGAUCCUGAUGUUGGUGCCAAGCAUCAUCGCUCAUAUAAUUUGGUUUAGGGAGUGUUUGGGUUGAUGUGAUUGCUAUUUAGUUAUCAAUCGAGUUUAGUGAGAGUAAAAAUAUUAAUUCCGUCGUUGAUUAUUACGACGCCUCGAAGAUGCACUGCCUGGCUGUAGACUCAUUUUGUUGAAGGCAGCAUUCCAUUAGAACUGCAUGAAGUUUUCUUUCAUGGAAAAUAAAAUCCAAAUUAUGGUCCAUGGCUAGGUAUGGAUCUCCUCUCUAUCACUGCGUUUAGCAGCAGAACUUAAUGUUUUUAUCCGUGCUAAACUUGAACUAAGGUUAAACUGCAAUCACAUUAAUCCAAAUGCUUCCUUAGCCUUUAUAUGUAUGUGAGCUUGGUUAUCUUUCAUUCUCGAGAGGCCAAACGAAUGAAGGAAUCAAGAAAAGCUUUGCAACAUAUAAUUAUUUCUCUUGGUGCAAAUCUACGCCUGGUACAACAAAAAAAAAUUGUUGCCUAAUGAUGCGGUGGAAAUUUCGAUGUUCAAGCCAAAGACAUAACUUACCUUUGAUGUCCUUGUUUAUUUCUUUCUUUUUUUGGGCGAAUCUCUACAUAUAUCCUAAUCAUUACCUGUGUUUCCUUGUUAAUUUUUAUGAUCAUCUGGUGAGGCCUAUUCUGAGACAUCUUGUAGGAGAAGAAGUAAUCUUGUUGGCCCAGAUGGGCAAAUGAUCACUUAAAAAGGGGCAAUAUAAUACCACUUUAUGGAGGGAGCUGUUGGGCUAAUUUGUUAAUGAAUCUUGUAAAGCGAACAAAACAACCAGCCAAUCACCAAUAAUAACCCCUUUCUAGCACCUAAGUGUCGAAUGUUGCCUGAGUCAUCACUCCUUUUUCGCUAUCUUCUGUGUAAGCGAGCUAUUUCAAUUUGCCCACAA